GCCUGAUUGCCGGGUCGGAAAAGAUGGCGGACGGAGAGUCGAGCGGCAGCGGCGGCAGCAACAGCGAGGAGGAGAUGGAGGAGGAAGAGGAGCAGGAGAUGGAGGCCGGCUCCGGAGACACGCCGGCCCGCGUCUACCUGCCCGGCCAGCCGCUGGCCGACGGCGAGGAGCUGGUGCGGGACGAGGCAGCCUACCGGCUCUACCAGCGGGCGCAGAGCGGUGCCCCAUGCCUGAGUUUCGACAUUAUCCAGGACAGCCUGGGGACUGAGCGCACCGAGUAUCCGAUGACCCUGUACCUGUGUGCGGGGACGCAGGCUGACACUGCCCAGGCCAACAGGUUGUUGGUGAUGAAGAUGCACAAUCUAUGGGGCACCAAGGAGACACGGACAGACUCCGAGUCGGAGAGCAGCGACAGCGAGAGCGAGGAUGAUGAGGAGAGGAAACCACAGCUCGAUAUCGCCAUGGUGCCGCACUACGGCGGAGUUAACCGUGUGAGGGUGAAGGAUCUGGGUGGGACGCGGGUUGCUGCCGUGUGGUCUGAGAAGGGUCAGGUGGAGCUGUGGGAUCUUAGCGAGCAGCUCCGGGCUGUCUGUCAGGCCCAGUUCAUGUCCACUUUCCUCAAGGAGCGCCAGGCCAAGCUGCAGCCCAUCUUCGCCUUCGGAGGUCACAUGACAGAGGGAUUCGCCGUCGAUUGGUCGCCCAUGGUUACUGGCCGGCUGGCUACAGGGGACUGCAACAAGAACGUCCACGUGUGGGAAGCCAAGGACGGGGGGAGCUGGAGCGUGGACCAGAGACCCUACAGCGGCCACACCCGCUCCGUCGAGGACAUCCAGUGGUCGCCCAACGAGGCCACGGUCUUUGCCUCCUGUUCGGCCGACACCUCCAUCCGGGUGUGGGACACGCGGGCCAGCCCCGGGAAGGCCUGUAUGCUGGCCAACGAGGGGGCACACGCCACCGACGUCAACGUCUUGAGCUGGAACCGGCGCGAGCCCUUCCUGGUGUCCGGGGGCGACGACGGGCUCCUCAAAGUCUGGGACCUACGCCUCUUCCGGGACGGGGUCAGCGUGGCCACGUUUAAGCAGCACUCUGGGCCGGUCACCUCCGUGGAGUGGCACCCGACGGAGGGCAGCGUCCUGGCUGCCUCUGGGGCCGACAAUCAGAUCACCCAGUGGGACCUGUCCGUGGAGCGGGACCAGGAGGGCGAGGGCGAGGGCGAGGAGGAUGAGGGCCUGGCCCGACUCCCUCCCCAGCUCCUCUUCAUCCACCAGGGGCAGGAGGACAUCAAGGAGCUGCACUGGCACCCGCAGUGCCCCGGGGUGCUGGUCAGCACUGCCCACUCGGGGUUCGACGUCUUCAGGACCAUCAGCGUCUGAGAGAGAGGGACA